CUUUAAACUGGACGUGACACUGCAGAGUUGCAGGAUGGAAAACACUCCCAACCUCAGGACUCACCACUCUGAGCCAACCAGGAACUGUGGCCUGCAAAAUGCCCCGAGGCCAUGGGACAAGGCUGUCCCGCCCCUCCAGAACCUGCAUAAAAGCCGGCCCAGAGCCUCUCUCCCUCACACACUUCUCCUGACGCCUUCUCCUUCUGCUCCGGCUGACAAGGCACCCUCCACAUCACAGCCAUGGCCUGCAACACCCUCUGCCGACCCUGCGGACCCACCCCGCUGGCCAACAGCUGCAACGAGCCCUGUGCCCUGCAAUGCCAGGAUUCCCACGUCAUCAUCAACCCCUCCCCUGUGCUGAUCACCCUGCCAGGACCCAUCAUGACCUCCUUCCCCCAGAACACCGCCGUCGGAUCCACCUCCUCGGCUGCUCUGGGCAGUGAACUCAGUGCCCAGGGACAGCCCGUCUCUGGUGGAUUUGGCUUUGGCCUUGGCUACGGCCUGGGAGGCCUGGGCUGCUAUGGCAGAAGGGGCUAUGGCUACAUCUGCUAAGGGCCCUCAGCACCAGCCCUGACACCACCAGCUCUGGCCUCUGGCAACAGCUCCUGCAAGCAAAGCACCUCGCCUGGUGGCCUCUCUACUUGUACUUCACUCCUGAUUCCUUCAGCUUCUUCGUUCUUGUCAUUCUCUUACUUCA